AUGGCCUCUCAAAGGUUGAAGAUGAAGAAUCAGACAGUGGUAGUACCACAUAAGAGAAUCAAGAGAUUUGAUGACAAUGGCAGUGGUACUACCAGUACUGAUCAUCUUUACCUCAAUCUUGAUCAUGAUGUUGUUGAAAACAUCUUCUCUUUCUUGCCCAUCAAAAAGGCGGUGACGCUUUCUCCUCUCUCAACGAGAUUCAAGAAUUCAUGGCGUCUCAGCCGGAAUCUUUGUUUCGAUUUUGAUUUUGCUAGACUCCGGUCUAGAGCAGAAUUCAUGACAAUAGUUAAUCAUGUUCUAAAUUCUCAUACUGGUUCCAAAAUCCAAAGGUUUCGGUUAUAUUUUGAUCCAGCCAAUGUGGGGACUCUAGUGGAGUAUUGGAUCAAAAUGGUGACCUCUAAAGAUGUUGAAGAGCUUGAUCUAGACUUCACAGAAGCAAGAGACCCUUUGAAACUCUCUUAUGAUCUCUUAGAUGUUGAAUCUAUAAGAGUUUUGAAGUUAGCUUAUUGCGUGAUUGAUUUGCCUCCAAAGUUGAAAGGUCUGUGCUUGUUGAAAACUAUUGUUCUUGAGCAGGUUGAUGCCGACCCAAUACUCAUCAAGACACUCUUGUCUAACUGUUUGCUUCUCGAGUUCUUAAAUUUGGUUCAGUGCUCUAAAAUUUUUGAUCUUAAUGUUUUUGGUGUAAACUUGAGAAGGUUUAAAGUGUUGACAGUGAGGAACUGCUAUGAUAUUUCAAUGAUCAACAUUGAUGCUCCAACUCUUCGCGCGUUUCAUUACAAGGGGGUUGUUCACAACAUCAACUUCUAUAGCCCAAUGCCAAAGUUGAACGAUGUGACCAUCAAUUUUGAUGCAAGAGGUUUUCCAAUGGUUUUUCAAAUCAGUGACCUCCUAAUCGGUUUCAGUACUGUUGCUGUUCUAACAGUUAGUAGUACAUUUCUUGAGGGAGUGUCUCAAAGAUACGAGGAUGGCAAUCUUAAACAACCACAAAUGUAUUUGUAUAACGUGAGGGAGAUUCAUUUAUGGAUAGAAAAGUCCAGCUAUAUUAAUCCUUAUGACAUUGCUUCGUUGCUCAAGAAUUCUCCACACUUGGAGAGAAUUUUCAUUGAUUUUGGAGAAUUUUCCUUCGAGCCGAGAUUAUACUGGGAAUUGCAUGGAAAGAAAAAAUUUGGGAUGUGCACCCCAUUUUUUGAAAGUGUGAGGUUUAUUAAACUGGUAGAUUUCAAAUUGGGAUCGCUUGAAUUGGAGAUGAUGAAGUUUUUUCUGAAGAAGGCCAGCUUGGGUUUCUUCCGAGGGAAUGGUCUCUUCUCAGGGUGGAAUUUGCCUCUCAGGAAGAAGACGAGUCCUUGGAUCCCAGCUACCUGUCCACAUUUCCUCAAACUUCUGAGCUUGGAGAUGGGGAAUGAGGUCCCCUCGAGGUACCACCUUCUUGGCCCCGCGAGACCCUGUUCAGAUUUUGGUCCUCGAUAUCCCCUCAAAUUCAGGGUGGGGACUCAAGAUAAAAAGCGUAAGAUGUCCGAUGUUCCGUCUGCAGGAGGGAACCUUGAGAAGUAA